UAGCGUGACUCAUUGCGCUUCUAUGGGGUCAAUGUAAAGCUAGGCUUGGUAACACUAAGGAAGCAAAAAGAAAAGAACAGACAGAGAAGGACUGACUGGCUGGACCUAGGCAAGACAGAUACAAACUAGUUAAAUAAUACAAUCCCGUUUGGUGUAAAACAAAAUAUUGUAAAGGACAGUUCCCGCCGAUGACCGCCAGGCGGCGUUUGCGCCUCAGGUUUCUCCACUCUGCUUUUACUGACUCAGAAAUCUCGGCUGGAGUUCUGUCUGAUCCGCGCGUUUUUGGGACUCGUCUGGAAAAUGAAAAGUUUUUUGUUUUUUUUCUUAAAGGAAACGGGAAGUGAAAACUUAAAAACUCUGCGACACCCCGCUGCAGGAUUGACAGGGAGGGAGGAGUUAAACACAGUCUUCAGUUCUUCAACUGAGUCGAGCCUCCCUACCUACAGAAAGUGCACACGGAGAGUGCGCAAGUGUUUGUGAGACUGGAGUGGUUUGUUGUUUAUUUUUGGUUAUGAUAUACAGCAAAACGGCUCUGUAAAAAUGAGAACAUGAAGCAGAACGGGCUAAUCUUGUGGGUGGUACUUGUCUGUGCCAAUAUCAGCCAUGGUCUGCGCUUCACGCAGAGUCCCAUGAACCUGACGGUAACCCACGGCAACCCGGCCAGGUUAGAGUGCUCCGUGGAGGGCAGCAGCGAGCUGGAAAUCAGCUGGGAGAAGAAUGGGAAGAAACUGUCCAGCAUCGACCAGACUGACCUAUCAGUGGAUCAGAACCACUGGAAAUCAUUAUACCACAUGAAGUCUGUCCAGCAGGCAGACGCUGGGAUGUACGUCUGUGUGUCCGAGACUGCUGGAGUCACUGUGUCCUCCGAGCCAGCCUGGAUCACUGUGGAAGGUGUACCCCACUUUGUGACGGAACCCCAGGAUGUCGCAGUGUUACCCGGUAUGACCUUUAACCUCAGCUGUGGGGCUGUGGGACCCCCCGAUCCAGUGCAGCUGGUUUGGUGGAAGAGGGGGGUGCAGCUGGGGGGUCCGCACCCCUCCCCCUACACCCUGACUGUCCCAGGCUUGAUGCAGAGCACUGAGUUCUACUGCGAAGCCAAGAAUCAGAAGGGGGUGUCAACCUCUCGCACCGCCACUGUCCACAUCAAGGCAUUGCCAGGCCCCCCUCAGGAGCUGCAGGUGACUCGGGUUCAAGAGGACAACGUCACCCUGUCCUGGAGACCCGGCCCUGAUGGACACUCCAGAUUUGCAGAGAAUUCUGGGAAGAGGGAGGAGCUGUUCGAGCGCCAGGUGUCGGUCCCGCCCCAUGAGCAGACGAUUGGAGGGCUGAAGUGCUUUUCAAACUACAGCACGCGAAUCGUCUGCAGCAACGAGGUCGGCUCCUCCCCUUUCACUGACUGGGUCAACUUCCAUCAGAGUUAUUACUCGCCGGGGGCCGCGCCCCUCAAUUUCAGUCUGGAGGUGACGGGGGGGUCUCUGCUGCUGAGCUGGGGGGCUCCCUCUCGGGAGGAGCUGAACGGGGUGCUGCAGGAGUACAGGGUGGAGUGGGGCCGGCCUGGAGAGGAGAAGCAGGACACCAUGCUCCUCACACAGACCCGUGUGAACCUCUCUCUCGCGGGAGGGUUCUACAACGCCUCGUUCCGUGUGAGCGCGUGCAACUCUGCGGGCUGCGGGCCCUGGACCCAGGCGCUGCUGUGGGACCCCAGGAGGGUGAGUGUUUCUGUUGCAAUGACGCGAGGUCGCCUGUGGGUGCUGCUGUUCCUCGCAGUGCUGCUGGCCGCGGCGGCGCUGGGGGGGCUGGCCCUGCUGCUGCUCGUGCGCAGGAACAAAGAGACGCGGUUCGGCGCAGUGUUUGAGCCGGUUCUCCCGGGUGCAGAGCCUGCAGUGUCCUACAGGGCAGCGCGCUCCUUUAACAGGCAGGCGCCUGAGCCCAGCGACUCCACAUUGGACUGCCUGGGUAUCAGCAAUGAGCUGAAGGAGAAGCUGCAGGACAUGCUGAUCCCAGAGAGAUGGCUCUUUCUGGGGCGCCUGCUGGGCAAAGGCGAGUUUGGCUCAGUCCGUGAGGCCAGUCUGAAGAGAGAGGACGGCACUGUGAAGAGAGUCGCUGUCAAGGUGCUCCAGUCGGAUAUGAACUGCUCCAGUGAUAUUGAGCAGUGUCUGAGGGAAGCAGCCUACAUGAAGGACUUCGAUCACCCCAACGUCAUCAAGCUGAUCGGAGUGAGUCUGCAGAGCCGCACCCCCCAGCGCCUGCCCGUUCCCAUGGUGAUCCUGCCCUUCAUGAAGCACGGAGACCUGCAUCACUACCUGCUGAUGUCACGCCUGGGCGACACCCCCUUCACCCUCCCUCUGCCCACGCUGGUUCAGUUCAUGCUGGAUAUCGCUCGAGGGAUGAACUACCUGAGCCACAAGAACUUCAUUCACCGCGACCUCGCCGCACGCAACUGCAUGCUGGGGGAGGAUAUGAGCGUCUGCGUGGCGGACUUCGGCCUGUCCAAGAGAAUCUACAGCGGAGACUACUACCGGCAGGGCUCUGCCUCCAAACUCCCCGUCAAGUGGAUCGGUCUGGAGAGCCUGGCUGACAAUGUGUAUACGACGCAGAGCGACGUGUGGUCGUUUGGUGUGACGAUGUGGGAGAUUGUGACGCUGGGACAGACCCCCUACCCCGGCGUGGAGAACUGUGAGAUCUACGAGUACCUGCUGAAGGGAAACAGACUCAAACAGCCGCCCGGCUGCCUGGACAAGGUCUUUGAAAUCAUGCACAGCUGCUGGAACUCCGACCCCAAGGGCCGGCCCAGCUUCCAGAGCCUGAUUGGCCAGCUGGAGGAGGUGUGGGCAGGGCUAGAUUCCAAGAAGGAGCUGCUGUAUGUGAACCUGGGGGAGGGGCCUGGGGAGGAGUCACGUGGGGGACAAGGGGCUGGGGGCGGUGCCGAAGGCGGUAGCGGUGUCCCAUGGCAGAAGGGGCAGGGGGCGAGCUGUCUCAAAGACUUAUUGGGGGCAGCCGCUGCCACUGGGGGGGACUACCGCUACAUCAUGGACCCCCGCGGCUCACUUGAGGACGAUGGCCAAUCGGGAACCAGCCGGGCCUGCCCACUGUUACAAAAAGAUGCAGAAAAGGAGGGGGAGGAAGAGGAGGGUGAAGACACCGUCAUCAACAUGUGAACCGAGGAGGCUGCCUUCCCUUUCAGACAGCUCUCUUCUCAGUUCACUGGACUGCGCCUUGCAGGGAUACAAUAAGUUCAGAUGCAGUAUAAGCAUCGCUCAUGGUGGCGCUAUCUCUCAGUAGCACCCAGUUUCAGCACUGUACCUCAGCUAGAUGAGCCACAGCACGCCAGUCCUGGAUGUACAGGGAAUACCAUUCAUACCACAAGCACGGGGCUGUCCAGCACAGGAUGCAUGUCUCAUUCAGCACGCGGUGCAUGUCUGUCAUUCAGCACGGGAUGCAUGUCAUUCAGCAUGCAAUGCAUGUCUGUCAUUCAGCACGGGAUGCAUGUCUGUCAUUCAGUAUGCUCACAGAGCCUUUGCUUCUAUUCCAGUCCAGUGCUGUGCUUCUGAAGAUCAGGACGGAGCUGCACUUCGGUAUUCAAACAGUACUGCCACCCAUACCUGUUUCAGAACAACGUUAAACUGUCUGAAAUCAUUUUAGAUUUCCAUUGCUGUUUGGAGAACAAGUUUAGUCAAGAAAUGCCAGUUACCGAUCUUAGAAGGAUGUCCUUAAUGAGGCAUCCAUCCUUCCAGUAAAUACAACCUGCCCACCACGAGUGAUCAUCCAGUAUCCUUGAUAUGUAUAUAUUUGUAUCUAUAGACACGUUGUUCAUGACUGCACAUCGACACUGUGUUUGGGUUUAAACUUGCAGCACAGAGAUGUGAUUUACUGAACAUGUAUUGCAGGACAUCCACGGGACAAGCACUCAAUCACUUUCAAAGUCCUGAAAAGAAAGGAAACUUAGUGAGUCUGUUAACAAGAAAACAGUGAGAAUUACAAGAUCAUUGAAGCAAAUAAGAAACGUUUCUGGAGCUUCUUUUUAGCAUGUGAAUGUUUUUAUUAAUAUAUAUCCAGUUUGUUCUGCAUGUUGAUUAUUAACAUGGACGAGUGUUUUUUUUAUCAUGCAGGGAACCAGCAAUGGUGUUACAGGGCAAGUGACAGUUGUUUCGUUUUUGUUUGUUUUACGUUAGACUGUAAAUUGGAGCAGUUUACUGUAUUAUUAUGUGUAUUCUAGGUUGUGUCCUGAUCGUUGGGAGCUGAUCAUGGAGUGUAUAGAAACAGCAGCUGCUAGUUUAGUGCACUGAAGCACGAUUGAGAGCUGUGUAACAGCAGUGCCUCAUGCAGGAUAAGGCUCUGCACUGGCUUUGUUUCUUACUGUUCAUAUGUGGUUUUUAAAACCUUUAUUUCACUAUGAAUUCACAAUGAGAUUGAAAUAUAUUUUGCAAGUGAGAUCUAGCCAGGAGCAGUACAAUACAACAUAUCCCCAUACAAAAAUACAAAAACAGAAAUAAGAUACAUUUCAAACACUGACAAGUCAUGCUCAUUUCUAUAAACAACCAGAUAGUGACAGUCCAUACAGGUGUAAACUACUUGAAACAAGCACAGCUCUCAAUUCAAUGAGCAUGGAGCUUACUCUUGAAUUGUACUAAAAGUGAUUUGGAGCUGCAAGUUAGGUUUGCUGUAAGCCAUUCCAACUCAUGGAGCAAAAUAAGCAAAUGAUCAUAUUGUAAUAUGUAUGUAGAGGAUCAGAUAUACUGUUUAGUUGAUUUAUUAAAUAUGAGCCAAUAAAUAAUGCGGGAUAAUGGA